AUGUCGUCGUCGUCGUCGUCGUCUGUGUCGUGGUCGUCGUUGUCUGUGUCGUCGUCGUCUGUGUCGUCGACGUCGUUGUGUCUGUCGUCGUCCGUGUCGUCGUCGUUGUCCGUGUCGUCGUCGUCGUCGUCCGUGUUGUCGUCGUCGUCCGUGUCGUCGUCGUCUGUGUCGUCGUCCGUGUCGUUGUCGCCGUCGGCAAUGUCUAAUGAGGAGUUUGCUAGUACGAUACCUGUUAGUCCUCCAAUUGUGAAGAGGAAGAUGAAGCCCAAGGCUCACAAACAGGUGCAGCCAAUAAAGGCUUCUGUCAUCACUCAGGUGUUCCAUGUGCCACUGGAGGAGAGGAAAUACAAGGACAUGAAUCAGUUUGGAGAAGGCGAGCAGGCCAAGAUCUGCCUUGACAUCAUGCAGAAGACAGGGGCUCACCUGGAGCUGUCUCUCGCAAAGGACCAGGGCCUUUCGAUCGUGGUCUCUGGCAAGGCGGAAGCAGUCACGAAGGCUCGGAAGCAGAUUGUCGCUCGACUGCAGACUAGGAGAGGGCAUCUAACUGCUUCAGCAACAGUUGCCAUCCCCAAGGAGCACCACUGUUUUGUCAUUGGAAAGAAGGGUGAGAGGCUGCAGGACCUGAAGCUCAAAACUGCAACCAAAAUGCAGGUCCCCCGCCCAGAUGACCCCAGCAACCAGAUCAAGAUCAGCGGCACUAAAGAAGGGAUUGAGAAGGCCCGGCACGAGAUCCUGCUUAUCUCCGCUGAGCAGGAUAAGCGUGCCGUGGAGCGGCUGGAAGUGGAGAAAGUGUACCACCCUUUCAUUGCUGGCCCUUACAACAAGCUGGUGAGGGAGCUCAUGCAGGACACAGGGACGCACAUCGACAUUCCUCCACCCAGUGUCAACAAGACCGAGAUAGUCUUCAGCGGAGAAAAGGAGCAACUAGCCCAGGCUGUGGCUCGAGUUAAGAAGAUCUAUGAGGAGAAGAAAAAGAAGACUACUACUCUUGCAGUGGAGGUGAAGAAGUCCCAGCACAAGUAUGUCAUCGGCCCCAAGGGGAAUUCCCUGCAGGAGAUCUUGGAGAAGACUGGAGUCUCUGUCGAGAUCCCAGCCACUGACAGGAGCUCGGGGACGGUGAUACUGCGAGGCGAGCCUGAAAAACUUGGGCAAGCAUUGACUGAAGUCUAUGCAAAGGCCAACAGUUUUACCGUCUCCUCGGUCUCUGCCCCCUCUUGGCUUCAUCGUUUCAUUAUUGGAAAGAAAGGACAGAACCUGGCCAAAAUAACUCAGCAGAUGCCAAAGGUUCACAUCAAAUUCACUGGAGGAGAGGAUAACAUCACUUUGGAAGGACCUACAGAAGAUGUGCAUGUGGCUCAGGAACAGAUUGAAGCCAUGCUCAAGGAACUGAUCCACGGGAUGGAUUACGCAAUAAUCAAGGCUGACCACCAAUUCCACCGACACCUCAUUGGCAAGAACGCAGCUAAACGUCCUUGCCUCGAAGUGAACAGGAUGAAGGAUCUGUACAAGGUGUCUGUGCGCAUUCCCCCGGACAACGAGAAGAGCAACCCGAUCAGAAUGGAAGGAGACCCACAGGGGGUCCCACAGGCCAAGAAAGAGCUGCUGGAACUCGCUUCCCGUAUGGAAAAUGAACACGCUGCGGACCUAAUCGUUGAGCAGAAAUUCCACCGGACCAUCACUGGGCAGAAGGCUGAGCGGGUCUGGGAAAUCCGGGAGCAAUUCCCAGAGGUUAUCAUCAGCUUCCCAGACCCUGCACACAAGAGUGACAUCGUCCAACUCCGAGGUCCCAAAAACGAGGUGGAGAAGUGCACCGAGUACAUGCAAAAGAGGGUGGCAGACCUGGUUGAAAACAGCUUUUCUAUUUCUGUCCCCAUCUGCAAACAGUUCCACAAGAACAUCGUAGGGAAAGGAGGUGCCAAAAUCAAGAAGGUGAGAUGUUGUUCCUAA